AGUCAACAACUGCGCGCUGACAUACGCGCACGAUACAUAAUAGUUCACCGAACGGUCUGUGAUAAACUAAAUCGAUAAUGUCGAUUUUAAACAAACUACCGAACUGUGUAACGAAGUGCGAUUAAUAAUGCCGCAGCACAACGAAGGUCAAAGAAACAGCCGUCACAUACUAAAGACGCAUUGAAACUUUAAGCAUAUAUACAUUUAAAAACAUAUUUACAAAAUGAUUAUGCAGUGGUCGUGGAAACAGAACGCGUCUUGCUGUAUCGGAGCGCUUAGGGAAGGAAAUGAACGACCGGAGCUAUUUGCAAGGUCUUGGCAAGGAAGACUGUCAGCGCUGUACUGGCGAGUGCCGAUAUUUUUAUGGGCCUUCACCGUAAUAUCCUGGUCAGCGGUAACGUUUUGGGGCACCACUGACAAGUUCCUGUUAUAUAUGACACAUUGGGGACUGAUUCUGAUUCUACUGGAGUCUUUUUUCGGUAUAGUUGUAGCUGCGAAGAAAUUCAGUGAUUUUCCAGAUUUGGGACUCUCGCUUCCGUGGUAUGUGAAAGUAUAUUGGGUGCUAUAUAACGUCGCCAUUCCUGUCGCCUUUCUGAUCACUGUCUUCUACUGGGUUAUAUUAAAAUCCUCUGUCAAGAAAAUAAAUUACGCUCCAAACCCAGUACUCGACGUCAUGCUGCACGGCAUCAACUCUAUGGUGAUGUUGCUGGAGCUAAUGCUAUCGGCGCACCCCAGCCGCCUGGUCCAUGUUAUGCAGCCCUUGUACUUUAGCCUCGUGUACCUGUUAUUUACAAUUAUUUACUACAGUGCGGGAGGACUCGAUCCAUGGGGUAAUGUAUUUAUCUAUCCUGUAAUCAACUGGUCCAAACCGCAGCAAACAUUAGUAGUGGCCGUGUUAACUGGCCUUUUCCUCGCACUGAUGCACAUUGUCACGGUUGCGCUCGCAACAGUACGAGACCUCAUUGCAAGACGUUGCGUCAGCAGUUCAUCAGGAGUAUACAACGACGGAUUCGAACCUUAAUCCUAAGAGAAAAAAAUAUUACCUCCUUAAAUCCAAUAAUAAACGACAGUAAAUACUCCACGCCACCUGAAAAAUGGCAAAUGGUCCAAUAGCAAUACCUAAGAUAUGAGAGAGGGUCUGAUUAAAUGUGUAUAUUUAAAUGCCUUUUGAGAAUCCCAUUACGUCAGAUUCCAUUGAAUAAAUCAUUUGCAAUGCCUUUUGUAAUGUAAAUAAUUUAAAAUGUAAUCACAAUGACAAGAAAACAAUUCCAGGCAUGUUCAUAGACGAUUUCGUUAGAGCAGUAAUGUAGUAUUAUUAAGUGAUACGUGGUAACUGCAGUCCAUAAACAUUAUAUUGUCCAGUAUAAGUUAUGUGUUAAUUUAUGUAAAUACUUUAAUGGAGGUACUUGUAAAGUGCUGACUUUAGUUAAGUUUAACCAAAACUGUGAUUUAUAUUAAAUUCGGUAAUAAGCAAAAAUAUUAAACGAAUUUAUUAAUUAUU